GAAAAGCAACGUUGGUUUGCCUUUUCAUUUAUUGGUAGCAUUCUGUGGAUAGCUUUCUACUCGUAUCUUAUGGUGUGGUGGGCAUCUCUGACUGGUGACACCGUGGGUAUACCGAACGAGGUUAUGGGUUUGACAUUCCUGGCUGCCGGAACAAGUAUUCCUGAUCUAAUUACUAGUGUCUUGGUGGCCCGCAAAGGAUUUGGGGAUAUGGCUGUCUCCAGUUCUAUUGGAAGCAAUAUAUUUGAUGUAGCUAUGGGUCUUCCACUACCAUGGUUUCUAGCAACCAUGAUUUUUGGACCUGUGCAAGUGAACAGUUCAGGAAUGGCCUGUUCCAUUGUUCUUCUCUUUCUGAUG